AGAAAAUGAGCAAUGUACACGCAUGAGUGAAUAGCCGCAAUAUAAACUUUCUUUGAAAUAACAACAGUUUUCAUUAGCUAAUGAAAACCCGCAGUAUGGGAGAGCUUUUAAGGAGGAGAUUUCCGUAAUCUUCCGAAUUGGUAACCGUGAACUGUGAUAUUUAAUUACCAUACCGUUAUUAUGGAAAUUAUUUACGUACUGGAAAACACUCAAUAGAUUUAAUAUAACAAAAGAAUGGCCAUUUUGGAACUAAGUGUAUUUCACAAUAGAGCCGUAGAAUCAGUUGUCAGAAGUAACUAAUGAUGUUCAGACUGUAUAUAGAAGGCAGAUAACACCAGAAAAGAGAAAAAUCCGAAUGUCUUUAUCACCAAGGCCUUACUGAAGAUUAACUUUUAAAGUUUGGUUGACGACAGAUAUUCUAAAACGAGAAAUAUUUGUGAUUGAAUUUGGAUGUAUUUACACAGAAAUUUUGGUUAGUCAUGUUUUCGCCAAGAAUUUUACUUCAAGUCACAGUAGUCAUCUGGCAGGCCUCCUCUAUAUUAGUAAAAGCGGAAGCUCAGGUUGUAGUUACACCGUAUCCAGCGUUGAUCUACCAGGGUGCGAUCCCGGAUGUGCCGGUACUUUCCGUGAAAGCCACCGAUACAGACACCAACCAGCCGUUAAUCAAUGUAGCUCUUACAACCAGUGGGGACGCCGAAUAUUUUCAGCUUAUACACCAACCCCGAGUACCAACUGAAUGGAUUCUGAAAGUCAAACGAACUAUUGACAAACCAGUGGGUUAUGUGUUUAAGUUUAGUGUCUACGGAUAUUACAACCAAACUCCGCAAACACAACGUAUCCAAAUCAAUGUAACGGAGAAGAACGAACAUGCGCCGUCGUUCGAAAUACAAGAAUACACGUUCAAGGCUUUCAGGAACGGGGUGGAUUAUAAUCUAACGGACAUCGGAACUGUUAAGGCUGUUGACGCCGACACAGAGUUAUAUAACAAACAAUUUCAUUAUCAUAUACUAGAUCCUUUAGCAGAACAAUAUUUUCAUGUCGACCUCGAAUCCGGUCUUAUAGAGAUGAUCGACAACAUUCCACGGAACGUGACCAGUAUACCGUUUAGCGUUACGGCCAUUGACGGUGGAUCCCCACAGAGGUUAAAUUCAACCGACGUUACUGUUGUAAUAACAGAUCUUCGACCCCCGGAUAUAUUUUGUGUGGCUGUCGAAGAGUCUGUUGCUCGAGUUUGCUGGAAAGAUCCAACAAACGGAAGUUACGUCAUGAAGUAUGAACUUCAUUUCAAAAUGGAUGACGAAAACGCCACGACGGUUCCAGUGCGUGUGGAAGGCAUACAAGAUGAAACGUGUAGUAUUGUAACGGGAAACCAGUUAGGCCGGAACUAUACAUUUUCUGUAAGAGUCUUUAACGGGCUUGAGAGUAGCCCGGACAGCCUUCAAAGAAAAGUGACGAUCGAAAAGAGAGGUUUGUACGGGAGCUGUGCAGAGUUUAGUAAGUGCAGUAUCUACGAACCGUGCCAAAACAAUGGAGAAUGCCUCGCAAGUCCGGACAAGACUUACAUGUGCAACUGCUCGAAGGGAUGGGGUGGGGUUAACUGCACGGAGGUGGAUCUUUGUGCUUCGACGCCGUGUGAGAACGGUGGCACGUGCGUGUUCUUGGGAGAUAGGAAUUACACGUGCACGUGUCCAGAUACACACUACGGUAAUUUUUGUCAAUAUUUUAACGAAUGUUCAUCAAUGCCUUGUAAAAAUAAUGCGUCAUGCAUGAGCGAAAAUAACACUUUUAAAUGCAUAUGUCAAGAUCAUUUUGUAGGCGAGUUGUGCGAAAUACCUGACCCGUGCAUACCUUCACCAUGUAUGCACGGGAAUUGUUCCUCGGAGGAAGGUGCGGGAUUUAAUUGUUCGUGCCAAACGGGCUAUUUUGGCACAUUGUGUGAAUAUGAAGAUGUUUGCGCGCUCUAUGUGCCGUGCUACCAAGGCUCAUGCAUAGCGAACAACGUGUCAUCGAAAAUUGCUGAGGACAAAUACACGUGCUUUUGCGAAGUUGGAUACCGGGGAAGAAGAUGUGAUAAAGAAGACACGUGCGAGUUAUCAUCUAAACUUGGAAUGGCGAUAUGCAAAAAUAAUGGAACAUGUAUGUAUAAAGAAGAUGGUUCUUACAGGUGUGUUUGUGAGAAUGGAUUCUGGGGAGACUCGUGCCAAAACUUUGACCCAUGUAUCGAAAAGCCCUGUGGAACGGGAAGUUGUAAAAAUGUAUCGAAUGAAGAAUACACGUGUCAUUGUAAUGGCGGACACUUUGGUAAAAAUUGUGAACAUUUUGACACUUGCUUUAAUGAUCCGUGUCACUUUGAUAGCAAGUGUUUAAAUGUCUCGGACAUGGAGUAUCAUUGUGAAUGCCCGAUCGAGCGAUUUGGCAAAAAUUGUGAAAAGAUAAACGGAUGCAAAAUUAAUUUUUGUCACCAGACCUCCUCCUGUAUUAAUGUGACAGAAGCUGGUGCAGUUGAUUGUAUCUGUCAGCCAGGAUUUUCUGGCAUGUUCUGUGAUAUAUUCGAUCCAUGUCUUCUGAAUCCUUGCUUGAACAACGCAUCCUGUUCCAGCAUUUCCGGUAAAAUAAAUUGCACAUGCGCAGACGAAUUUCAUGGAAAUUUAUGUCAGUUCGAUGAUCCAUGUUUUGAAAACCCAUGCUGGAACGGCGGUAAAUGUAGAGUUAGUGAAAAGAACAAAUCAAAAUACCUGUGCACUUGUGCAGACAUAUUUUAUGGAAAUCAAUGUGAAAAUUAUGAUUUUUGUGAAAAUGGCUACGAAUGUGAAAAUGGUGGCACUUGCAUAACACAGGAAGGUCAAGAGACUCAUGAAAUAGCACUGAAUGGAAACAUUUCUCUUCUCGGUCAUGCCAGAAUCACAAAUCGCCCAUCUUGCGUCUGUAUCCAUGGUUAUGCUGGGAGUCGUUGCGAAAAACAAUCCCCAUGUUUUCAGUCUCCAUGUGGUGACGGUCAGUGUUUGCUGAAAGGUGAAGGUCAUAUCUGUAACUGUCGUGAUGGGACAGUGCGUGUCAGCUGUGAGGAAGUGUUUUGUGUAGAAGAAAGUUCCUCUUAUGACAAAACUGGUUGGUACACCUGGCCAAGAACAAAGUCAGGGGCAACAAUCCGGGUAGACUGCAGUCAUGGUCCCAGCAGUAUAUUCAGUACUGGCUUUGCAUCGCGAUAUUGUAACGUAUAUAUGGAUGGAACAACAUUCUGGAACCUUCCGAAAACUGCCGAUUGUUUGGAACUACAAACAAAGGACGUAAGUCAAAAUCUGCGGACAUUAGCCUCCCUGACCAAGGACGCUUCUGGUCUAAAAUCCGAAGAAAUAGCAAACAUCACCAGUACACUCGAGGAGUAUUUCUUCUUCUCUUUCGAAAACAUAGAAAUAGCUAAGGAGAUGACUAUGGUGGUAGGAAAUUUACUUGAUGCCAACGAAAGUGUCAUGAUCGAGAGCAACUUUAGAAAUCAUUCCAGUGAACGGUUACUUUCGCUGCUUGAAGAGUAUUCAAAAAGGGUGAAUACCACAAGUGAAAUCGUCAUAGAAACAGAAAACAUCAAUUUACAAGUAGUAAAUCACACCCUGCCGGAUACAAGCUACAGUUAUCAACCCAAGUUAGAACAAAACAGUGUCGUACAGAAGGGUGGAAUCGACCUAAAACUGCCGGCAGAAGCGCUGACGUCAUCAGAUGGACAGGACUUUUCGCGUAUCCGGUUGAUGUCCUUCCGGUCGUCGUCCUUUUUUAUCCCCGAAGACGCUCCACCACCGGAAGUAGUUAUGAAGCAAUGGGUUGUAAGUGCUGUGGUACACGGCCGGAAACUUGAAAAUCUCACUACACCAGUUGAGAUAACAGUCAAAAAUAUAGAGGACGGUGCCAAUCAUUCGUGCGCUUAUUGGAACGUUGAAAAUCGUACAUGGUCAGACGAUGGUGUAGUAACAGUGGAGAGAGGGGCCAACUAUACUAAGUGUUUAUCGUACCAUUUGACAAGUUUCGCAAUCUUACUUGAUCCUAGUCCUGACCACGAUCUUUCUGAGAAACACGAGCAAAUAUUGACCUUCAUUUCGUACAUUGGUUGUGGUAUUUCAAUGCUAGGACUCCUUCUGACCCUCAUCACUUACUCUAUAUUCCGCCCUCGGUCUGCUUCAAUGUCGAGAUGUCUAAACCGUGAAAAGUCUGGCAAGAUACUGAUGAACCUCUGUGCUUCAAUGUUACUCCUCAACGCCGUCUUCUUUCUCGGCUCCGAGACCACUCUGUCACUAUCAGGAGAUGGCAUGUGUAAGGCGGUCGCCAUCUUGCUUCACUACUUCCUGUUGACAACGCUCACCUGGAUGCUUGUCGAGGCAAUCAAUAUGUACCAAGCGCUCAUUACCGUCUUCACAAAAUAUUCAGGAUUCUUUAUGCUAAAAAGAUGUAUAUUUGCAUGGGGGGCACCAGCAGUGAUUGUGAUUGCAACAGUUGCUAUUAGUGUCGAUAAUUAUAAAACGACUACAGAAUUGUGUUUCUUAUCACAAGGCAAUCCUCUGGCUUUCUACAUUGCCCUUCUUGGACCAGCUUGUCUUAUCCUGCUUGUCAAUUUUGCUGUUUUUAUCAUGGUAUCCCGCGUCAUCCUCAAACCCAAAUUCCAUGGACAAGUCGGAAAAAACGCGUCUGAUUCAGUAACACCAGCGCAGAUACGUGGUGCUUUCACUGUCAUGACGCUUCUUGGUGUCACGUGGGUCUUUGGACCUUUUGCCAUAAAUGAGGCAAAGGUUGUCGUAAACUAUAUUUUUACUAUACUUAACUCUUUACAAGGAUUUUUAAUCUUUGUGUUCCGGUGUUGCUUUAAUCCGGAGGUUAGAAUGGCGUGGGUAAUGUUGAUAAAAACGGGUAAAUUCAAGCGCAGGAAGGGUCCAGCUACCGCUUACACUUCUGACUCUACGUCCUCUAAAAGUGAAAGCAAACUUAAUGGAAGUGUUAAUGAUACUAUGAAAUCUAAUAUGUAUAAUAGUCUUGGAAAGCAGCGAAACGUGUUAAACAAUGACAAAAACCUUAUUUCCAAGAACACCAAUAUGCAAGCCAAAACAUCUAACGAUCUCCACGGUUACUAUGACGACCCAAGUCAUCGAGGUCGCGAGAGAAGAAGUGGAAGUUCAGAUAGCACAAGAUUGUAUGGGAGAAAUUAUGACAAUUAUGAUCGGAACGGUUACCGCAGUAACGGAAACCAAUGUAGACGCUCGAGCGACCAAUCCGCGCCUAUAACGACAAUUUACACAGGACAGUAUAACGGAGUGAAACGACAUUCAGGGUAUAUGUCAAAUCAAGACGAAUUUACCAGACUUUGAAAAGUAUGAACAUAAAGUACAGCAUUUGUACAUAUACAGUAACAAUAUUUCAUGUCCCGAGAGAUAUAAGUUCAGGCGAUCUUGACUAAUAAAUAGGCCAGUGCUCAGAGAUCGACUUUGUAAAGACGCUGUAUUGUGACAUCAAAUUUGAAUGAUUAGACUAAGAUAAAAAGUAUACAUACAUUCAAGAAGCGGCACUAAGAUCAAUGUUAUCUGUUAAAUAUUAACUGAUCAUUGCAAUGUGAUUGUUCAACUAAAAUAUAUGUAUAAAGUAAUUCUUGCUAGUAAAUGAAUGUAUGAAGAAGUUCAGGAUAUAUCUGUUUGUAAACAUGAAAUAUUUGAAAGACCAUGUUGCAAACAACUGGUAAAUUUUGUGAAGUAAAGCACACCGAAAGCAAGAUAUGAAAUGCACUUAUUAUUCAUUCAUUUUUCCAAAUCAUUGAAUGAAUGUUAAAAUAGCGCGUGCAGGAAUAAUUUGAUAUUAAUUAGUUAUUUGUUACAUUAAUCUGUUGAUACGACAAGCUUGUAAAAAACUUUACUGAUUGUUUAAUACAUGGUAUGUUGGUGUUGCGAGCUGAUUAUUAUUGUUUCUGUUUGACCAAGUUAUAUUUGUAGAAAAAAACGACUAAUAUAGGAGGAACUAUAGAAAAAGGAGUUUAUGAUGCUGAUUUUGUAAUCUUGUUGUUUAUAUUAACAAAAUCUUUAUCUUAAAUUUUUUACAUGUUGUUUUGUAUGUUGUAUAAAUGAUUCAUGUUAAGAAAGGCCACUAUAUGUGAUGAAUGAGAUGUUAUUUAAAUGUUCUUACGCCCGAUUUAACCAGAUAGAUGCGUUGAUAGUUUUUCCGAAGGCAUGUUGAUAUUUCUGUGGUCAAGAAAGGUGCGACAUGUUAGAGGGCGUUCGGUGUAAACUGAAAAUUUUGAGAGUAGUGAUAUUUUGUUGAAAAUUUUGUAAAAAAAAAUGUUAUUUAACAGAUUCACAUCCAUUUUUUCACAGUAUUACAUGUACGUAUAAUACCAUAUUGCUUAAGAUUAUGUACUGUGUAUCCAAAUAUGUGACGUUUUGUAGAUGAUGAUAAUCACUCUUAUUCGAGUUUGUAUGACUUUUAAAAUGGGUUAAUGAGUACGAAAAUGUGACAUUUUUCGUCUAAAUACAGUUAUAAUUGCUAUUAUCAUUAUUAUUAUUAGAUAGUCGAACUUUCACCGAAGUAAACACUUCAAAUGAUAAAUGAACAAAUAAAAAUUUAUUCUUCUGUCGGACUUUGUAUCUCAUUCUUAGUGUGGCAAUAUUCAAUAGGGCAAAGAAAAGUGACACAGGAACCAUCUGUUUACAGUUUAGAAAAGCUAAAAUAUUAUUAAAUAAUGACACGAACUUUUGAUGUGUAAAACUGAAGUUUGUGAACUAUUUCUGGUCAGGUAAAAUUCUUACGACAGAAGAUACUGAUUUACUUUUACUUAAGUUACUCAUAUUCAAACCCGUGUAUUGCCCAAACACGUUUGUACGUUUAAGUAUUGUCAUUCAUUUUAAUUGUAAUAUGUUUAUUAUUUAUGUUUGUACAUGUGGUAUUAAAAUAAAAUAUAAAAGUAUACCUUAGA